AUGACUGUGGUUUCCCAUGGAGCUGAAAGGCAAGCAAGUGCCUUUAAAAAGUCCACCUUGUCAGUUGAACCCAUUCACAAGAUGGAUAACCAGCAGUAUUGAAGUCUGUUUAAGAUGUGCACACCUGUUGUGAGAGGUCCUGAGAACAGACACGGCUUUGCCAGCUUUGAAGAGAAAACCAGUAAUUCUUUCCUUAAGUACAGUCCAUUCACCCCUCUAGGAGAGCUAAAUUACCCUUUAUUCCCACAGUGGGAUGAUGUGCCUUUAGAUCCCUGCGCAGGUUUUCUGAGUCCAGGAGCAGAUGCUAACCUGAAGCCCAAUGUUGGAAGAGCUAUGGAAUCCCUGGUAGACUACAGUGAUGAGAAACCUCACCAGCAGGUCCCCAUCACAGGAAAGAGAGGCCAGCCUGCCCACAGGAGGCAGAUGAACCUCUGGGAGGAAAGCAGCCAGGACAGAAGGUGGAACUCCAGGGCUGUGCCAGCUGCUUCUGUCAGGACACAACUCAGAGUUUGGAGAACUCAGGUGAAAGUUGUUCCUGCUCUGCAUAACCAAAACCAUAUUUUUGCAUUUUGUAUGGAUCCCAAUCUCAAGGAAUCAAGUGAUCCUUCUGAAGGAAGAGAAGAAAAAGCAAGAGACUAUUUCUACAAGUCAAAUACUAAAACUUACAAAGAAAUUUAUUGGGAGUUACUUUCCAAAAUCUAGUGUCCAGAAUCAACAGUGAAAGUGUUGGUUGAUCCUGUUUCCCAGUGUUUCACAAAAAGGAGAUACAAUCCUGAACCUGAAAUAAUCCAAGUCAUUGUUGGAUGCUUCUGGGACAGAUUUCAAACAAGAUCUUUUACCUUUCCCCAGAGACCUGUUGAUUUUGUAAGUCGAAGCUCUCAAACCUCUCAUAUCCCUUUGGCUUGUGUUGGUGCAGUAAAUUUUGAAGACAUUGACAAUGUCAGUGUAGUCUUAAUCCCACUUAAUCAUAUGUGAACUUCAAAGCCUCACUAUACAAGCACUGCACACACUCCAGAUAUCCCUGGAUACACUGGCAAGGUUCAUUGAUCAGCAGCUCACCCAGCAAAUUCUAAUCUUCCAUCAACAACCCAAUCAAUAAUUGCACGAAUGCAUGGAUACAUAGCCAAACAUGGAAGCUUGUCUCAAUAUAAUCACCAGGAGCCUCUUUCUCAAGUUGUGACUCCAGUUAGUCCUCAGAAUUAUUUCAACAAGACAGAACCAGAAACUAUUACAGUUUAG